AUGACCUUCAAAGAUUUUGCUUGGGUUGGAAAAAAGUGUGAACUUCACAAAAAAUUUUUUCUAAAGUUCUUCUUGAAAUGCAAUCAGAACUGUUUAAAGAAUGCUGGCAAUCCUCGGGAUAUGAGAAGAUUUCAGGUGGUGAUAUCAACACAGGUGAUGGUAGACGGCCCGCUAUUAGCAAUAUCAGAUAAUAUGUUUGUUCAUAAUAACAGCAAACAUGGCCGCCGAGCGAAACGGCUAGACCCUACAGAAGGUACAGAAGCUGCAAUCGAACCUACUUCGGGCUUAUAUCCACCGUUGCCAGUAGCAACGCCAUGCAUCAAAGCAAUAUCUCCAAGUGAAGGAUGGACAUCGGGAGGUUCGACCGUUAUCAUAGUGGGCGACAAUUUCUUCGAUGGCCUUCAAGUAGUAUUUGGCACUAUGCUGGUGUGGAGUGAGUUGAUAACAUCACAUGCAAUACGAGUUCAGACACCGCCGAGACAUAUCCCAGGUGUUGUAGAAGUAACGCUCUCCUAUAAGAGUAAACAGUUCUGCAAAGGUGCACCUGGAAGAUUCGUUUAUGUUUCAGCACUCAACGAGCCCACGAUAGAUUACGGAUUUCAGAGGCUUCAGAAACUUAUACCGAGACAUCCCGGCGAUCCCGAGAAACUGCCAAAGGAAAUAAUUCUAAAACGGGCAGCGGACUUAGCAGAGGCAUUGUAUUCGAUGCCCCGAAAUAACCAAUUAGGUCUGGGUGCGCCCAGGUCACCUCCUGCCAGUAUGCCUUUCAACUCCUAUACUGGGCAAUUAGCUGUCAGUGUUCAGGAUUCCGCUGCUUCACAGUGGACAGACGAGGAGUACGCGCGUAGUGGUGGCGGCUCCGUGUCUCCUCGGUACUGCUCGGCCGCGUCCACUCCGCACGCCUCUUACCCCCAUCCACAGCAUUACCCGGCACCGACCUCCAUCUUCAACACCACUUCACUGUCUCUGGGGCCAUAUCAUCCGGCGAAUAUGAAUGGACACUUAACUGACCAGUAUAACACGUACCCAAAAGAUAGCGAUUACAUUGAAAGAAACGUGGAGUCUAAAGAUGACUGUCCCGCAAACACUCAUACAAAAUGCGAUGCUAUGAAAGGGCAAGCAAAAGAAAAGAGAAGCGCAUUCGCGGUCGUAAGACAAAGAAUGGGAGGUCUUGUAUCAUCACCGUUCAGCGUGAAUCCUUUCUCUCUACCAACGUGCAGCGCCCAACAAUAUGCGCAGACAGCUCCACUUGCAUCUAAGUAA